AGCCCGCAGCCAAGGCUGAUGCUGUAAGUGUCCUUCACCCACCUGUCCAUUCCACACAUGCUAACAAUGUACCAGUCCUCUGACUCCGACUCCGAAUCUGACGCCGACUCUUCCGACUCCGACUCGUCCGACAGCGACGCCGAGGCUCCUUCCAAGAAGCGCAAGGCCGAGGAGGCUUCUGAGCCUGCUGUCAAGAAGUCCAAGACUGAGGCCGUUGAGAGCGAGGGUAUCAAGAACCUCUUCGUCGGCAGCUUGAGCUGGAACAUCGAUGAGGACUGGCUCUACCGCGAGUUCGAGCAGUUCGGUACCAUUACCGGCUGCCGUGUCAUCAGCGACCGCGAGACUGGUCGCUCCAAGGGCUUCGGAUACGUUGAGUUCGAGUCUGCUGAUGCUGCUGCCAAGGCACAGAAGGAGAUGAUGGGAUACGAGCUUGAUGGCCGUGCCCUCAACGUCGACUUCUCUACCCCCCGUGAGAAGCCUGCCAACAAGACCUUCGACCGUGCCAACAAGUUCGGCGACAAGCGCUCCGCUCCCAGCAACACCCUCUUCCUUGGUAACCUCUCCUUCGACUGCACCAACGACGCUGUCCAGGAGGCUUUCCAGGAGUACGGAAGCAUCUCCCGUGUCUCUCUGCCCACCGACCGUGAGACCGGUGCCCUCAAGGGUUUCGGAUACGUCGACUUCUCUUCUACAGAGGAGGCUACCUCCGCUCUCGAGGCUCUUAACGGAGCCGAGAUUGCUGGUCGUCCCAUCCGUCUCGACUUCGCUGCUGCUCGUGACGACAGCGCCGGCGGUGGCCGUGGUGGCUUCGGCGGUGGCCGUGGCGGUGGCCGCGGUGGUCGCGGUGGAUUCGGCGAUCGUGGUGGUCGCGGCGGUGGCCGUGGCGGCCGCGGUGGCUUCGGUGACCGUGGCGGCCGUGGUGGUGGUCGUGGUGGCUUCGGCGACCGUGGUGGCCGUGGUGGCCGUGGCGGCGGUUCGUUCAACCGUGGCGGCUUCGGUGACUUCAAGGGCUCCAAGGUCAGCUUCGACUAAGCGUCUUGUCCCUCUGCCUCUGAUUUCCCGUAAUUGCAUUGAUCAUCUCGCAAGAGUAAGUAAUGGGUCGUCGUGUAUGAUACCACAUGCGGCAUGAGCUUCAUGAACUUGGGCUCCAACUGUCAGUUCUCGAUACUACUGUUGGACACGGAUUUACUUUUCAUCUUAUGGGUCGGCGUUAUCUGGGUAAAAAGUCUUUCGUUUCAUAGCACGAGCAAACCAAGCUGCGUGACAAGGUCGUGUAGAUUUACUUACAUACCCAACUACAAUAUCUUCUUAUAUUCUCCCAACAACUGUGCACAUCGCGAUGUCGAAUUACCUAGACAACAUGGUCGAUGAAGCGUAUCCUAAUUCCAGACACCUGAUCAUGGCUCCAAAUCAAGAGCAGAAAUCUGAUCUUUGAUCUUGAAUUGUGAACCCUCACGUGUACGGCCAAGCCUUCAAGCCUUGUAGCAAGUUGUGUUAUCGAUAAUGAUCGAGC